CACCGCGAGCGGCCGGGCCAAGAUCACUGGGUCACUCCGCGGGAUCGUAGCCUCUGCGCAGCACCCCCCCGAACGACACCCCUCUCCCCGCCACCCCCCGUUGCCUUUGCGCCGAGCUAAGUUCGCGGCACUACCGUGUUGCGGAGCGUGGGUUGAGGUCGGCGUAGCGAUUCGCGGUAUUUCGCGCCAGUGAAAGUGCUCGCAAAAGUUUGCGUCCGGAAGCGAGACGUGUUUUGGCGGUCCAGGUGUGAUUACCCCUUUUCGGAGUCGAGUGUUUUUCCGGUUGGUGUUUUUUUUUUGAUUUUUGGAUCGUCUCUUGAGAUUGGAAGGUUUGUUUUGAACCUUAACUCGGGUGUGAAAUUUUGUGUGCGGAUUUUGGAAUCCUCACGGGUGAGUUUCUCUCGCGCUGCAACCGUGCGAAUGUGGUCUCUCUUGGCUGUGUUUUCAAGGUGAAAAAAUUUGAAGGAGGAGGCGCAAUCAACCUCUUUUUCGACCGGGAGAUUUUUAGUGUCGAAUUUUGAAAGUUUCGAAGUAUUUCGCUGUGACUGCGAGAAAGAGUCAAGCUCAAGUCUUGUCUUUAGUGUGAAAAUAUAUAAAUUCCGAUCAAGUGCAUACCGUAGAGGAGAGAAUACUGUCAACCUUUUUUGGCGUUGAUUGUUGUGAAUUUUCUCCCGACUUGCGACUGCCAGCCUUUGCUUCCCAAACUUUUUUCGAUUGGAAAAAUUUGAGUGCCGUAUUUUCGAGCGUUUAGUGUCGAUUUUUCAACCUUUUCGCAGAAACCACACUACAACCGUCAAGGUGUAAUCCUUGUCUUUUGUUUGUGAUUGCAUAUUGAAUUCAACUUAGUGUACACCACGAAGGAGAAAAAAUUAUUCAACCUUCUUUCCGGUUGUUAGUUCAAAACCUUCGACCCUUUUUCGGUUGCCAGUGUUUCAACCCUUUUUCAACCGGAACCCUCGGCGGUCUCCAGUUCUCUCAAAAUUAUUUCCUCCGACUUGAAAGAAAAACCAAGCUUCAGCCUUGUCUUGUGUUUUUAAUCGCACCGUCGAUAAAACUGAAGUUUUUAAAAGUUUUGUUUCCGACCAAAAAUACGCUGUGUUCGACUAUGCUCGUUGUCACUCAAGUGUUCGUCAGCUCCUCAAAUCCGAGCGUAAAAUUUUAAAGUUUUGUGGUCGAAAGUUUCCCGGUGACAAUGUUAAAAAAGGAUAAACCCAUGAUGUCUGUAGCGGCGAUCAUCCAGAACGCUGCGCACCACUGGAGCCGAGGCAAUCUAGGACUAAGUUUGGAGAACAACAUAUCACUCAACUCGGUGGGUCCACAGUCGCCUCUAGACAUGAAGCCAGACACAGCCAGCCUCCUAGGGGGCCAGUUCAGUCCUGGCGGUGGUCCAAAUAGCCCCAACUCUUUUGGAAUGGCUCAUAGUAGUCUGAUUGUUGGGUCUGCGGGCGGUGGGUCAAAAAAUAACUCCAUAACAUCUCCUCUUCCACCAAACCAUCCACUCAGUGGCUCCAAACACCUGUGUUCAAUAUGUGGAGAUCGAGCAAGUGGCAAACACUACGGAGUCUACAGUUGUGAAGGAUGUAAAGGAUUUUUCAAGAGGACAGUUCGGAAAGACUUGUCUUAUGCUUGCCGUGAAGAAAAGAACUGUCUGAUUGAUAAGAGGCAAAGGAAUCGAUGUCAAUAUUGUCGUUACAAGAAAUGUUUGUCUAUGGGAAUGAAAAGAGAAGCCGUUCAGGAAGAGAGACAGAGGACGAAGGAAAACCAAAAUGAAGUCGAAUCAACCAGCAGCAAUCAUUCAGAUCUGGCAAUCGAUCGGAUACUAGAAGCAGAGAGGCGGGUCGAGUGCAAUUUGGACCAGAACACAAAUAGUCUGGUCAAGGCAGCGGAGAAACAGAUGAUCCAGCUCGUUGAGUGGGCUAAACACAUUCCUCAUUUCACUUCGCUACCGCUAGAAGAUCAAGUUUGCCUUUUAAGAGCAGGCUGGAACGAGUUGCUGAUAGCGUCUUUCUCCCACCGGUCGAUAGAUGCUCGAGACGGUAUUGUGUUAACUACAGGCCUAACUAUACAUCGAAAUUCAGCUCAUCAAGCAGGCAUGGGCAAUAUCUUUGACAGAGUCCUAACGGAGCUGGUUACCAAGAUGAAAGAUAUGAAAAUGGAUAAGACUGAACUCGGCUGUUUGCGCACCAUAAUCCUUUUCAAUCCUGAUACCAAAGGUUUGAAAUCAGUACAAGAAGUAGGCUUGCUCCGCGAAAAGGUCUUCACCAUACUAGAGGAAUACUGCAGAACGACGCAUCCAGAGGAACCAGGAAGGUUUGCAAAACUUCUCCUAAGGCUUCCAUCCUUACGAUCCAUAGGGCUCAAGUGCUCAGAAUACCUAUUUUUCUAUAAGCUAAUCGGUGACUCUCAAGUAGACGUUUUUCUAGUGGAAAUGUUGGAAAAUUCCGAUCGCACACUGUAACCAUCGGGUUCCUGAUCCAAUCCUUCAAAUGAUCUGCUCGAUUGUUAAGUACCGGACAUUUGUGCAGGUGAAGUCAACAGUAUUACUGUUUGGUACCGUAAAUGUUUUGUUUAGUUUUCUUUUUUUCUUAUUUUUAGUACAAUUCGCUAGGAUUGGCUUUUUUGAGCUCCGUUUAACUUAAACCCCAUAAGAAAAAGAUUGUAUGCACUGACAGUUGCGCUCCUUCGUCCAGAUUUUCCUACAUUUAUUUUUAAUCUUUUAUGUACCUGAUUUACGUGUUUGAAUGGUACCAAGUUAGUGUACCAUGAAGUAAUGAAAGACCCUACGGUAACCUCCCAGCUACAUCUCUAACUCUUUUGUCGUAUUACUUUGAUGCAGCCUAUCUAAUAAUAUACUAGAUUUUCAAUUCAAAUUCUUGUUGUGGUGAUCAGGUAAUUUGUCAAUGGAGAAUACUUAAGGUUUUGUCACAAACUUUUCUAAUCAGAGACAGUAUUUAUUUUGUUUGUCGGUAAAAUCAGAAAAUUAUUUUUUAAGUAUCAUGCAACAGUAUAACAUCAUGUGAAUCAACCAUUUAACCGAUUACUUUCCUAAUAAACUACAAAUCUGAAGUUAGAAAAUAGGACUCAGUCUAAUCAGUCGAAAACGUAUUAUUAAAACAUUACGUUAUUACUUUUUAUUACGUUAAUUAGAAAGUGACCAGUUCCAUUCCUAGAAGCUUAACUAAAAAUUAUUUUGAUUCCUAAAUGAGUUUGAACUUUGCAAUAGAAUUGCGUCCUUGGACUUGAUUAGAAAUGUGUCAUUCAUUUCUAGCCAGUAAUUUCUCUGGUGUUAGGAUAUAGAUUCAAGUUAGCAAUCCUCUGGUGUUAGGAUAUAGAUUCAAGUUAGCAAUCCUCUGGUCUCAUGAUUUAAAAAAGCAAAAUGGUUGGUGCAACUGUCACGAGUUCUAAUGCCUUAAGAUUGUGAAAAUCAGCUUUACUUAUCUGCCUCUUGUUUUAGUCAGACAAAUCAUCUUUGCAGGGUGAUCCAAAAGUUUUGCACUACCUUUGUAACCCCCAAAGUACUCGCCACUUUUCAUAGUUGCCCCUUUUAUAGUUUCGAGGUUCCCAAAAGUUGUCUCCUGUAACAGGGGUGUACUCACAUAAUUUCAAGUCUAUAUCUCAAUUUGUUAAAAAUUUACAAGGAUGAUACCUAGUGCUGGUGGUGUGGGAGUUUUGAAUCACCCUGUAUAAAUACGGGACAUCCUUCACAGGAUGAAUUCGGCGAACACUGAGUGAAUAUUCUGCUGAAAGCACUCAGGGAAUAAAUUCUGCAUCAAACUGCUUGGUUCAAUCUUUAUUUUUCUCUUGUAGCGACAAAAGUGUAAAACCUGGCACUUCUCAAACUGAAGGAUAACAUUCCUGUAGUUUAUUUGUAUUUUUCUCCAUCCUUUUUUUUUUUUCUUUUUCAAAACUCAAAAAAUAAUAGCAACUUGUCAUCCAUCACCAGCAAUUUCUUUUUUCGGCUGCUCUUUUGAUUGUUUUCGUCAGGUGAAUUUAUUUGAAAUCAGUUUAACUGCAUUCCGCGCAAUGCUCAAUUUCCUCCUAAGUUUUAUUUUUUUUACCAGAGAACCAAUCAGUGUAAUGCCUUGAAACUUUUUACACAUUUCUUCUGACUUAUAUGAAAAUACACUUGCAAAAUUUCAAGACAGAAUGAUGAUUACCUUUCUGUCGAGAAAAUAAAACAUGAAAGGAUAUCGGUCAAAGACUGAUGGAGUGCGGCUGAAUCUAUCUAAUUUGUCUAAAUAUCAAGCACUUUUUAAAUAUCCAACGCAAUAAUCAUCAAAUUCUAAUUCUAACGGAACCAAUUAUUUUGAAAACGAAUAUCUCCAGGCUUAUAUUUUGUAUGAGUGAGAUAAAGUUCUAUCAAAAAUGCGAUGAUCCAAUGAAAUUGGAGAAAUAUCCAACGGAACAAUCAGUUUACUCACAAUCAGCCUGCCAAAUGAUCGUUGAGAUUUUUGUAGUGAUGAGAAAUGAUGAGAUGAAGAAUGAAAAGUCAUACGAUACUUGUUUUAAAUGCAUACUUGGUCUUAUUGUCAAUGUGAAAUAACUCCUUUCAGAACUCUCUUUCUCUUUGAGAGACAAAUAUUUGAACGUCAGCUGUGCCUCACCAUUGCUCCAAAUAGGUAAAAAGUGGAUAUCUUAUGUAUGACUGUAUGUUUGAAUAUCUUGACACAAUAUCACAGGUGAUUUUUUUCUGAAAACUCAUUUAGAGAAGAAGAGAUGAUUGGUUUUUGAAACAAUUGGUUCAAAUAUUUUUGUAAAAGUUAAAAAUAACCUCUAGUUGAUGUAUCAUUUGUUAUCAAAAUUUUACUCUAGUGCAUAGUUUGCACACUUGUCCAUUAAGUGCGAUGUGGGAAUAUCUAAUGUAAUUAUGUCCUUUUCUUCCAUCGUGUAAUCUGUAGGAUGCAAUAUUGUUAUUAAAUCAUUGUUCUUUUAUAAAUUUAUGUUGUUAACUUUUCAACUAGAAUUACCUCUAUCUGUUAAAUAUAAUAGCAGGUGUAAAUGUUAACUAGUCCUGGUUGUAAUGUACGCAUUAUUCAGAUACUCAAGUUUUAAAUUGAUUCAGUUGUUUUUAACUUAACCUGAAGAUAUACCUGUGUAAAUACGAGUACAUACUUGUUAAUUAGACUAUUCUUAAUCAUUAG